AUGUUACAUAAAAUAGAGGCAUCUCGAGAUAUCGAUCCUCGACCGGAAACUGUAAAUAAUCGUAUAUCGAACUCGCGAUCCUUUCUUCCUUUUCCGGUACGACGUGCCACGGGCGUUUGGAAAACGUUAGAAUCUGAGUCUGGCAAGGAAUCUGGAUCUGAUUCUGAGAAUGAAAGUAAGAGCGAUAGCUCUUCUUCAGGGAGCAAUACAGGAUCUGGUUCAGGAUCAGAAAGUGACUCUAGCUCCUCGAGUGGUUCCGGGUCUGGAUCAGGCUCUGAUUCUGAGAAAUCAGAGAAAUCGGAUGCACCUGCACAAAGCGAUAGCUUCCAGAGCAAAAGUUCAAAUCACAGCACAGAAACAAAAGUUAGGCUUAAAAAUGAGUCUAGUCGUGAAUGGGAUGAAAAUCCCGACAUAUAUGGCAUCAGGCGAUCCGGGCGGUCUAGGAAAGAGCCUGAAAGGCUUGCGACACAACGUGAAAGCGAUAGCGAUAGUCGGAAGAAAUUUAAGAAGAAAAGUUCGCAUAAUUCCUGGAAUUCGGAAAGUUCAGAUUCUGAAUCUGAUGAUGUCGAAAGUAGCAGACCUCCACCUAGUAAAUCGUUGAAUAGGCGUGCAGCACAGAAGGCGAAAGAAAACGCCCGAGUUAGGAAGAAAAGAAUUUCAGAGUCAUCUGAAAAUUCGUCGUUUGACAGUGACGAUAAUAGAAGACAAGUUACAAGAAGAAGCGGUACCGCAGUUAGUUAUAAAGAGGAGAGUGAAGAAAGAACUGACAGUGAGGAUUUGGUGGAAGUUGAAGAAGGUAGUGUUGUAACUGCAGAACCUGAUAAUGCAGAAACAAUUGAACGAAUUUUGGCACAAAGAGUUGGUAAAAAAGGAGUCACAGGGAAUGUUACAACAAUUUAUGCUGUUGAAGAGAAUGGAGACCCUAAUCCAGAAGAUUUGAGCAAUGAAGAAACUGAAGUACAAUUUCUGAUAAAAUGGAAAGGAUGGUCUCACAUUCACAAUACAUGGGAGUCAGAAGAGUCGUUGAAAGCACAAAAAGUGAAAGGACUAAAGAAAUUGGAUAAUUUCAUUAAACGAGAACGGGAAAUCAAGCAAUGGAGGGACUACGCGGGGCCCGAAGACAUAGAUUACUUCGAAUGUCAAAUGGAACUUCAGCAAGAUCUCUUGAAAAGUUACAAUAACGUUGAAAGAAUUAUUGCUGACUACAACAAGCCCGACUCUGACCAUCCGGACUAUUACUGUAAGUGGGAGAGUUUACCGUACGCCGACGCGACAUGGGAAGAUGGAGCACUGAUUGUCAAGAAGUGGCCGGAAAAAAUCAAAGAAUUUCGUGAUAGAGAAGACUCGAAGAGAACGCCGAGCAAACAUUGCAAAGUUCUGAAAUCAAGACCUAAAUUUCAUCAAUUAAAAGGACAACCAGAGUACAUGGGUGAAGGACGAGAAUUAAUACUUAGAGAUUAUCAAAUGGAUGGACUGAAUUGGAUGAUUCAUUCUUGGUGUAAAGAAAAUAGUGUUAUUUUAGCAGACGAAAUGGGUCUUGGUAAAACAAUACAAACAAUAUGCUUCCUGUAUUACUUGUUCCAUACACAUCAGCUUUAUGGGCCAUUUUUAUUAGUAGUUCCUCUUUCUACAAUGACUUCCUGGCAAAGAGAAAUGUCACAGUGGGCACCAGACAUGAAUUUCGUCACAUACUUGGGAGACGUUACUUCCCGAAAUGUUAUUAGGGAAUACGAAUGGUGUUAUAGUUCUAAGAGAUUGAAAUUCAAUGCCAUACUUACUACGUACGAAAUAGUACUUAAAGACAAAGCAUUUUUGGGAGCUUUAAAUUGGGCCGUGCUCUUAGUAGACGAAGCGCACCGAUUAAAAAAUGACGACUCCCUUUUAUACAAAGCACUUGCUGAAUUUCAUACAAAUCACCGACUUCUAAUAACUGGUACUCCACUACAAAACAGCUUAAAAGAAUUGUGGGCCUUACUACACUUCAUAAUGCCUACUAAAUUUAACUCGUGGGAAGAGUUUGAGAAGGAACACGACAACGCGGCUCAAAAAGGAUACUCCAAAUUACAUAAACAAUUGGAACCGUUUAUAUUACGACGUGUUAAAAAAGACGUCGAAAAAUCGUUACCUGCUAAAGUCGAACAAAUCUUACGCGUGGAAAUGACAUCUUUGCAGAAACAAUACUACAAAUGGAUAUUGACAAAAAAUUAUAACGCGUUGCGAAAAGGUGUCAAGGGGUCCACAAUGACUUUCUUAAAUAUUGUUAUCGAGUUAAAGAAAUGCUGUAAUCACGCGUUUCUCACAAAACCUACCGAAAACGAUAGGAGAGACAAUUAUGAAGACUAUAUACAGCAAUUAAUUCGCGGCUCUGGCAAAUUAGUUCUUCUCGAUAAAUUGUUAGUAAGAUUACGUGAAACAGGACAUAGGGUAUUAAUAUUCAGUCAGAUGGUUCGAAUGUUGGAUAUUCUCGGUGAAUAUUUGCAAAAGAAACAUUUUCCAUUCCAACGGUUAGAUGGAAGUAUUAAAGGAGAGUUACGGAAACAAGCUUUAGAUCAUUUUAACGCAGAGGGAUCGCCAGACUUUUGCUUUUUGUUGUCAACUAGAGCAGGUGGUCUCGGUAUUAAUCUGGCUACUGCCGACACAGUUAUUAUAUUUGACUCAGAUUGGAAUCCACAGAACGACUUGCAAGCACAAGCUAGAGCACAUCGUAUUGGUCAAAAAAAUCAGGUAAAUAUUUAUCGAUUAGUAACGAAAAAUUCUGUGGAAGAGGAAAUAGUAGAAAGGGCAAAGCAAAAGAUGGUUCUCGAUCAUCUUGUUAUUCAACGGAUGGAUACGACUGGUCGAACAGUAUUAGAUAAAAAGAAUGCAGGAGGAACUAAUAACAAUCCAUUUAACAAGGAAGAUCUAAAUGCUAUUUUGAAAUUUGGCGCCGAAGAUUUGUUUAAAGACGAAGAAGAUGGAGAUGAAGAACCGACUUGUGAUAUCGACGAAAUUCUGAGAAGAGCAGAAACGAGAGACGAAGGACCAUCAACGGUAGGAGAUGAAUUAUUGUCUGCAUUCAAAGUAGCUAGUUUCGCCGCGUUCGAAGAAGAAUCUGAACCUGUUAGCCAGCCAAAUGACAAUGACGAUGAGAGUAAAGAUUGGGCGGAAAUUAUCCCAGAAAAUUUCAGAAAGAAAGUGGAAGAAGAAGAGAAAUCGAAAGAAAUGGAGGAUUUGUACUUGCCACCAAGAAGUCGGAAAACGUUGCAGCAGAUAAAUCAAAGUGAAGGAAGGGGUAGAAAACGGAAAAAGACAUCUGCCGAUGAUAGUGAAGAAGGCGAAGAUUCGGGAAGUGAAGCUGAAGGUAGCGACGAUGAACGGCCUAAGAAGAGAGGCAGGCCGAGAGUUACACCACGGGAAAAUAUAAAAAGCUUCACUGAUGCAGAAAUACGAAGAUUCGUUAAAAGUUAUAAAAAGUUCCCUGCUCCGUUAAAACGCUUGGACGACAUCGCUGCGGACGCCGAACUGCAAGAAAAACCAAUGUCGGAAUUACGUUUCUUAGGAGAUCAAUUGAGAAGUAGAUGUGAAGCUUGUUUAUCUGAAUUCGAAAGUAUAGCCAAAGAAAAUAAAGGAGAAGAAGAGGGCAAAGGGCCGGGCCGUAAAAGAGGUCGGGGUCCUACGUUUAAGAUCGGCGGUGUUAUGGUUAACGCAAAAUCGUUCUCAGCAGCGGUGAAGGAACUAGAACCCUUGGAACAAGCUUUACCACCAGAUCCUGAACAACGGUCCAAUUGGCAUAUCGACAUUAAAUUAAAGCCUGCAAAUUUCGACACUGAAUGGACUCCUGAAGAUGACUCCAGACUUCUCAGAGGUAUAUACCAACAUGGCAUGGGCUCGUGGGAAGCGAUAAAAAUGGAUAGUAGUUUAAAACUUGGCGACAAAAUUCUCCCAAAUAGUAGUAAGCUGCAUUUGAAGAAAAUCAAUACACGAGCCGAAUACCUGUUGAAAGUACUGAAGAAACAAAUUGAUACCAAACUAGGAGUGCCUAAAACAAGGAAACCAAGGAAGCCGAAGGAGAUAAAAAAUGCAAUCACGAAAGAAAUUAUAGAAGAAAAUGAUAGUUCAGGCGAUGAAAGUAAUAAAGUGAAAUCGAAAAUGGACAAGCCACCUGUGAAAAAAGAAGAAGACGUAGUUGUUAAAAAGGAAAUUAAAGAAGAAGUUGAAGAUGUCCCAGAAGAGAAGAAGAAGGAUAAGAAAGCUAAGAAAGAAAAGAAGGAAAACAAAAAGGCUAAAAAGACUAAGCAAGCUGUGGGUCCGAUGCAUUUUACUGCUAAUAAUGAACCAAGAGCUCUUGAUGUUCUUGGAGAUCUAGAUCCUUCCAUAUUUAAUGAGUGUAAAGAAAAAAUGAGACCUGUGAAAAAAGCACUCAAGGCUUUAGACAGGCCUGAUCAGUCUUUAAGCGAAGCUGAACAAGUUGCCCACACAAGGCAAUGCCUUGUUCAAAUUGGAAACCAGAUAAAUACCUGUUUAGAAGAAUACAGAGACCCAGAACAAAUUAAAGAAUGGAGGAGCAAUUUAUGGUAUUUCGUGUCAAAGUUUACAGAGUUUGAUGCAAAAAAACUUUAUAAAUUAUAUAAACAUGCAACGAAGAAAGGCGGUGACAGCAAUACAAGCGCUACAUCGAGUCCAGAAAAGAAGGAAGAACCUAGUAACGCCAAGAAGCAUAUUGAUAAACCAUACGAGAAACAUAUCGAUAAACAACAAGUAGAUACUAAUAAAGAAAGUAGAUUACAAAAACGUAGAGUCGAAGAUAUGGAAGAAAAUUCUAAUAGUAGCACGCCAAGUAAGAAACACUUCUCAGCUAUAUCUGCUGUAAGCAAUAUCAGCAAUACUUCUACGGUUACCAUUGGUGCUAUUACUAUUACUCCUAUUACAUCGACUCCGAAUUCUACGUCAAGUACCACUAACAGUACGGACACACCACGACAUAAAGAGAAAGAAUCGAAACAUAAAGAUGUAAAAAGAGACAGGGAUCGUGACAGAGAUCGAGACAGACCGCACAGUGAUAGGAGUAUAGAUAGAAUGAGUGGUGGCAAAGACGAGAGGAUCAGAAGAGACAGCGGUGGUUACAGUAUAAGUGGACAUUAUAGCGGUAGCAGAGAAGAUGAUCAUUGGAUGUCGCGUGAUGGAAGAGACAUGAGGGACGGAAGAUUUGGUGACCAUAAACGCGAUCGCUUCGAUUCUUACGGACGUAUGUCCAGUGGAUAUCAUCGAGACAGGGACAGGGAUCGUGAUCGUAACAUGCACAUGAACGAUAAAAGAAGCGAUUAUUACAGAUAUCCGUCAGGACCACCAAGUUAUGGGUAUGGUCCAGGAGGUUAUGGUAGUGGAGGUGGCGGUGGAUACCCUCCAUCAGAUAUUCCACCAAGCCAUUUUAGAGGUCGGGGUUAUCCUGGAGACGGUUAUCCUAGUGAUUGGCGACCAAACAAAGAUUAUAGACGGGACUAUGAUCGAAGACCUCCUCCGCCAAACGCUAACUCCUAGUGCUCCUUCCUUGUCACCGUGCUCGAGUGUGUUGUCGAGCGGCUGUAAUCGUUGACGGAGCGUUGUGUUAAUU